AUGGAGAAGCAGUCCAAAACGGAAGGAGGGAAGGCCAGCAAAGAAGACAUCUACAAGAACUACAUGGAUGAGCUGAAUGUUCUACCCUCGAUGUUGCAAAGCAAAAAUCUGGACUCCUUCGCAUCGAAUUCCACCAUCGAUGAAAAUAAAUUAAUGAAUGUAAAUGAUCUGUGUAACCUUUACUUGGAUCGAAACCCCGACAAGGGAAUCAGCAAGCGGGUGGUAGAUGCACCCAUGGAGGAGGGGACCGGAGAAGCUAAAGAUAUGAGCUUUACCGGCAUGAUACGAAACAGCCCCGUGAUGGAUUUUUUAAAUACACCCAUUGUGAAUGACACUGGAGGGGGAAUCACCACGAACAGAGGCUUCAGCGAAGCGAGUAAAGUAGCCCCUCCUAGUGAACCUUCUCCGACUGAUCAGAUCGGAAUGGAAAGGAACCCCUCACAAGUGAACGAGGCGAACCAAAUCAACGGGGCAAUUUCUACACACAGAGACCAUUUUAACCUUACUCACAACAAGACAGGAAUGAAUGGGAAGGACGUAACAGCAGAAGAUUGGAAAAAAUGUAACCCCUCUUUUUACCACGAUAGUCCCAAUUAUGCACCACAAAAUGCAGGGGAGAAUCACCUUUGUGGUGACUCCAAUUGUCUAUGUAAUAAUGGAAAAAAUUCCUUCUACAGAAAUGGAAUUUUCCCCAACUGCAGUGAACAAAACGAGAUGGCUGGCCACUCCGAGGUCCAUAACGGUUACGACUACAGGUUCAUUAAGCAUUACCUAGAGCAGAGGCUGAACAGGCCAGGGAGCAUCCAGAAUGAGGAGCAGCGGGAACAGCAGCAGCACCAACUCAGCAACUUGGAUGAGAAAGCAUUUGAUGUGAAGGGCUAUUUCAAGGGGGGUUAUCUUCCAAGGGAAGCUACGCUACAGGCUGGUCUUUACGGUGAACCUGUCAUUGACCACGAGGUGAAGGACACGCAAGGGGUAACACAGGGGAAUGCACACACGGAUUCCGUCACGAAUGCCGUCACGAAUGCCGUCACGAAUGCAAUGACGGAUGCACACACGGAUGGAAGUACCCUUCCGCAUGUGCAGGCCUAUCUGCAGGGAGGAGUGCAGGACCCCGAGGACCUCCUCAAUGGCGACAUCCACAAGGAUAGUUCCGCCUCCUGUGACGAAUUGAAACGUUAUGCCAAUCAUAGCAAUGAAGAAUCCCCAAAUGAGGGGUUCAACAAAGGAGUGGAAGACAGCAUGGAUAACUGCAACUACGACUUGGCUAGUCACUCGGAAGGUAGGAACGUUGUCCCAGAUGAGCACACUAAUGAUUUAUCUGUCGAGAUGAAAAACCGAUCCGACGAUGGGGAGCAGAACCCAGACCAUGCGUUUAAAAAUAUCGCAAUGAAGAUCCAUCACUACUUGAAGAAUUACAGCAGCAAGAUGAUCUUCGAGGAGGGGAAGCAGCUCAAUGGUGGACCCCCUCCUGGGUUAGCCCAGGGAAGCACCAAACAUCCCGCUGCAAUCACUUCCACGGUGGCUACCGGUGUGGCUUCCCCUAUGACAACGCCUUUGGGCACCCCCCACAGCAGCCACAUGCACGCGUAUCCUGUCCAUAUAGACUACCCCUUCGGUAGAUACUCCGCGAAGGACAAAGUAACCCAGCAGGGAAGGAUCAAAAUAACCGUCCCGUUAUUUCUACUCUAUAUCACGAAUGCCUAUACCAUUGGUAACCCCAUUGGGGACCCCAUCGGAAGCACCACCAAAAGUGCAUAUGCAGUGCGUCGGAAGAGACUCAAAAAGAGAAUCAUCAAUGAGAUUAUUUCUGGAUUUAUCUACACGGAUGCGAAUAAAUACGUAGAACAGCUCUUAUGUAACAUUAAAAAUUGCUUCAUUCAGGUGUUGGAUUAUCUGAGGGACUAUAACCCUCAGUGGGUCUCCAGCAACAAUGGGGAUGCCUACUUCUACCACUUCAGGAAAAUUAUGGCAAUUAACAGCUCCUAUGUUGACGUCAAUUCGAUUGUCCAUUACGCCAGGGUACUCACCAACAUGAAGAAGAAGUUGACCGAUGGACGGGUUAGAUGCACACUGGGGAGGAGGGGUCUCGAUGGAAGCUCCUUGCAGGGGAGCAAUCUACACAGUAAGGUCUCCAUCCCAAGUGGGAAUGCCAAAAUGAUGCCCAUUUUAAAUACACUGCCUCCGAAUGCGAUAACCGCCAUAGUGAUGAAUGGAGAAAAUGACCCCUCUAGCGGGGGAAACUUCUACCAGGGGGUAAAUCACUCUGCGUUCAACCAACCCAUGCAUCACGCAGAUGGGAUCCACUGCCUCGGUAGGUCCCUAAAGAGAAAACACAGCCUCGGGGAGGAAAAAGAGGCAGAUGUAUACACCCAUAAGCAGAUAAAGACAGACACGAUCUCCACCGACGAGAAUUGUACAAAUAACGAGCCAAAUAGAGACGUAAAUGAGGAGGCAAAUAACGACGCAAACACCAAUGAACAUUCUUUUGUAAUGGGCGAACUGAGGAUGAACCAUUCCGAGUAUAGGCCUCAUCAAGGUCAGUACGACCCUAACGUUAUGGCUUCCAAGGACACAGACGGACUGCUCUGCAGAGAAGGCAUGAUCGAUGUCGAAGACAAAAUUUACUACGCACCCAGUGACAUGCGAACCAGCAUUGAAACGGUCAUUAACGAGAAUGCCAAGCCGGACAAGUACGAUGGUAAGUCUGGAUUGAAGAUUUACAGCGAAGAGGGCGAAGUGGACGAGGAGCAGGAACUUCAUGGAGAAGGGGCACAACCGAAAGAAGGAGUUGAAACCUUCGGAGAGCGUGACACCAAGACCCCCAAUGGGGAUUAUUACAUUCCUGUGGAGGAAGCUCCCGCCGAUGGGACACACCUAGAUGACCCAUUACAGAUUAGAGGUAGCCACGGUACGGAAAAAAACGACCUGGAUCCGAAGAAUCAAAAGGCACUAUCCCACCUGCAACAGUCUACAAAAAAGGAGGAAGCAUUCACUGGGAAGGAGACCCCAAAUGGGGAGGACGAAAGUGUCAUUGUGAAAGCGGGGCAGGAGGAGGAGGCAACACAUCCUUCCGACGAGCGUUGGAGUGCAAAAAACCAACAUAAUGGUAUCAUCAGCCGUGGCGAGGGAUUCGAUUUACAGUCAGGCAUAAUUCCCGCUGUAGUGGGGGACCCCAGUGAAGAGACUAACAAACCGCUGAACGUCCACCCCACUGUGUAUGAUGAAUCGGCCCUCUUUAACGAGCAGUACCUGAGUGUAUCCGCGAUGGACAAAUUAAAAUCCAAUGAGAGGAAGACAAGUGCAUCUGACAAGUUCGAUUCGGCGGAAUUCGAUUCUGAGGGGGUCGAUUCGGUUUAUCGAGCUAGCCAUUUUUCAAAUCGCUUGUCUUUGCCUCUAAGAAAGGCGAAUGAUCCGGCAGGGGGAGUGCCACAAGUGGAAGCAAUCGCAACAGUCGCCGCCGUCGAAGCUGAUACCAUUCACGAGGCUAACCCUGGGGAAAAUCAGCAUGAAUACCACUCCCAUGUGACGGAACCAGAAAAGCAAAAUCGCAAGGUGAAGAACCGACUGGUUUCUCUGAGCACCCCCAUGAAGAACUCCAUAAUGCACCUGAAUAUAAAUAAGAAGAAGAAGAAGAAAAAAAAAAUGAUGACGCAUUAUUUGAACGAAGUUAUGAGCAUACUCUUCUGCAACGAUAUUUUCAAUUAUGCAGUUAUCUUUACUCCGAUUUUGAAGAACCUAGGAGUGUUGUCUUCCUUGAGUGCAUACACCAUUAGCAACAUCCUAUUGAGACUGGACAAUUUUAAGCUGAUCGAGGUGGACAAGGGGAAGAUUAUGCAUAAGAAUACAAGCAUGCUCCUUCGUGGAGAGUUCCUUCAUACGAAUGAGAAGAUCGACUGCUUCGUUUGUUCACCAAAGGGGGGUGUUUUGGACGAGACAAGCAGUAAUAAUGCCAGGAUUGGUGGCAUGUAUGCUAAUGAGGCCAUCCUUUCAGGUGAAGAAGACAAAGCGCUACAGUAUCUACUGGUGCGAAGCAGUGUGCACAACAAUCUCCAUAACAAUCUUCAUAACUGCAUUGGGGGUAGUCGGGAUGAUCUCAUCUCGCACUGCGCCCACGGGGAAGGUCAAGCAGUGGACCCCUGCGGCAGUGGAGACAGCCUAUGCAAAACUCAACUGAUGCAUUUCAUUCGGGAGGUUCUAAUUCAGCACGGCGCACACAUUAACCAGAGCGUGGAACUCAGCUCGAAUGACAAUGAUGUCUUGGGGGGGGAAGCACCGAAAGAUGACAAUCACGGAGGCAGCAGAAAUGGGGAUGAGCCAAGCUAUACUGCUGCAGAAAAUGACAUCCGUGGGGUAAGUAAAAAAGUGCAAAAUAGUCAAUCGGACAGAGCAAACGGGGCGAAUGGGGAACAACCCCCCUUCGAUGAUAGUGCAGCCUCCCUCCAAACAGAAGAGAAGAAACAAACCAGAUACAAUUUUAGCCAACAGAAAGAUCAUCAUAGCAUAGAUUGCGAUUCGAGUCACGUCGGAAAAAGCAAUCCCAAUGGAAACAUUCUAAACAAGGAGAAUUUUUUUAAUCUGUUAAAAUGGUACUUAUCCGUUAAGGUCGCUGGUGUUUCUGAAAAACCUUCUAUCGGUAAAUCCAAUGUGAGUGCACAAUCGCGUCUGUGCGAUAAUGGAGGAGCAGGGGGCGACCUUCUGCUCAGCGCAGUGAGCGCGUGCAACCAUAUCCCGUCCGGUGACACCUUCCCGAGCGGUAGCUUCGCCGGCGAUGGGCCACAACAAAGCGACUGCUGCAAAACGGCGGACAAUAAGGACGCACUGGACGACAACAAAACGGUGGAUGCCGGCAAAGCGCUCCAUUAUGGGGCAUUCCCCUGCGGGAGUGUCCCCAACAUGUGUGCAGCCGGAAGUAACAAUCUCUGGGUAAACAUUCUCAGAGCACAGGGUGCAUUACAUCGGUGCAGUUCCUUUCAUGGAGAAGAGCCAACCAAUGCCAUUGCCAACAGUGGAAACAGAACCUGUCUGGUGCACCCAUCCGCAGGGUGGAACGAUGCAAAUCAGUUGCAAAACGAUCCGCAGUAUAAAGCAAACGUUUUCAUGCAUGCGAAUCAUCCCAAGUGUUCCCUCGUGGGUAUGCUGAACCAGCACGUAAGCCACAUUAAUGGUCUGUUCGGCGGAGGGAUGGCAGCAUGUACUCCUGACAGCCACCCCUGCGCGGAGAAGAUCAAACUGGCCAGCAACUUAAAUGAGAAAAAUGUUAAGAGCAGUCUCAUUAGUGAACCCAGUGGAUGUGAAAACAACAACAAGGGAACCAAUCCAUAUGGAGGUGAGUUAGGAAAGAUUCUUCUCAAUUUGAUUAAAUCUGGAGAAAUGAAUUUAGAAGGUUUGCCUUAUGAAAAAUUUCUUCUUGACUCGAAGAUGCUGGAAGAGACGAAUGGUUCAGCGGUGUCUAGACAUCCCUUGGGAGAAAACAACAAUGUGAUGUGUAAUGAGAUGUAUGGAGGGGAGCACCAUCGUGAUAAAACACAUGGUGGGGUGAAUAAUCCGUCCAACUGUCCCUGUUGUGUGAAGAAAGUAGUCGGUGGGGGCAAAGGCAACCUUAUCGACAUGCCAAACCAUCUGUCUAGCCAUCCGACCCAAGAACUGAUCAAUAAGAAUGACGGACAGGUAGGUAAGGAAGGGGACAUGACAGAGGAACAAGUGCAUGGAGAGGAAAACCUUCUAAAAAUGAACAAUAAUAAAUGCCCGGAUGGGAAGCUUUCCUAUGACAGUCUGAUUGACCCGGCCUGCACAAAUAGCAGCAACGGAGGUAUCUGCCAGAACUGCCAAAACUGCCCGAACUGCCAGAACUGCCGAAGCGGAUUAAUGCCCUCCACCGCCACCGCCUCAACAUGCACGCAUCAGAUCAGCAAGAGGAGUAAUAACCUAUGGAAGCUAUACCAUCUGUAUGAGCUCCUAGAGAAAGAGAAGAACGGCAAUCCUGCUGAUGAUAAGAUCUGCACUGAGAUGCAAAACGGAUUGAGAAAAUAUUUCACCAAGCAUGACUACCUCUUUUGCAAAGGGAGAGUUGGCCACCCCUUCUCCUCUUGUGAUCACGUAGGAGCGGAAAACGGGUGCGGACAGGAAGGCGCCAGUGGGAACGGUUGCAGUGGGAACAGAGUCCUAAGCGAUGGCUGCAAACUGCUGAGCGAUAGCUGCAAGCUGUAUGAACAAGAGUUGUAUUCACUGAACAAUCAGCUCUUACAUUCCAGGAGGGACAAUAUGCAGUUUACGUCUUACACGAGGGAAGACAGUGGAUUGUUUCCCUGCUUUGAUAAGGGGGAUGGGAAUGGCGGCUUCGCAGUAGCGAAUACCACCUGCGGAGCGCCGGGAAGUCACUUCCCCGGAGGGACAGCCGAGGAAGGAAUGUAUCCGCAUACCCACAGGAGUUACAAGAACCUCUUCUUAAAUGACGAAGAGAACCACAGGAAUGAACCGACCAUGUUAUUUCACGAUGGCAAUCACAGGACAAACAGAAUGGGUGGUGGUAGAAUGAAGGACUACCUGUCGUCCUUGUACAAUUCGAUUAUUUACAAAUCGGGCUUCUAUCCCACUGAGGGGUCUAACCAUAACGGUGCACAGAGCAGUGGCGGAAGUGGCAAUAUACGUUUCAAUUGCAAUAAUCAUGUGAAUAGAUGCACCGACUCGAGAAGAAGUAGCAACCUCUGUGACUACCUCACGAACUUUACCUACUCCAAUCCGAACGAGAAUUGCAGCGAUAAUGUCAGUCACGUGGACGAAUUGGGGAAAUUCCUUCUCGGAAGAGAACACAGCAACAGUAGGGAUGACAGUGGAGGCAGCAGAAGGGGUGGCAGUGGGGCUAGUGCCCGCCAUGGACUAGGUCGUCACAGCACUGGUAGGCACAGAUACCACCGCCUCGGAGGAGCAAGUGCCACCAAAGGGAGCAGCCACAAUAAAAGCUUCCCACACUUGUACAAAGAUGUAAUGACCUCCUUUGAUCACGGAAAGAUUAAGCAGUGUAAUAAACAUAUGGGAAACUCUCUUGACCUCUUCAGCGGAAGGAACACAACAGAUGACAUCAACUUGCAUCGUUACCUAACCAGGAAAAGACGAGAAGAAAUGAGUGACCAUAUCCAGAAAAAAAGGGCACUCCUAAGAAGAAUAAAAAAUGGAGAAAAUAUGACCGAUCAGGAGAUCAAUACAUAUCUGAUGAAAUUAUCUGCAGAUCCGACAGAAUAUAACUUAUUAAAAAAGUUCUAUCUCCAUGGUGGGGGGAUGGAAGAUCCGCACGAUGUGGACGCGGUGGAUUUGGAUCGGGUGCAUGACGAUGCGGCGGAUGUCGAUGCGGUGGAUGACGAAGCGGACGAUGACGACGCUGAUGGACGACGUGAUGACAUUGCCUUAGACGGUCGGGACCAUGACAUACAUGGGAAGAAAAAGAUACACAUGAAGAAUGGCUAUUUCAGUGGCAGAUCCACCGCAGGGGCCAGUGGAAAUCUGCUCAGAUCGGGAAGGCACAAAGAUAUAAAAGGCGGAAACAGCGUCGGAUGUAGCGUCGCUGGAAGUGGAGCCAACCAUGAAGACGACGAAAAUGUUAGUAGUGUCGAUUCGACGAAACUAGGAAUGAAAGACGAUCGAAGAAAGAAUGUUAACUUCUAUCUAAACAACUACACGGUGGAAUAUGGAAGGGGAAGGAGAAACAAAGUCCUGAAUCAAAAUUAUAUGAAGAACUACCAGAUGGAGAGUAGAUAUUAUGGAAGGAGGGAAUCUUCCACUGGUGGUGCGGGAGAAACAGGGAUGAAUGGUGUGCAUGGCGCUACGAAUGGCAAGGCAGUACCCCCCAUGGAUGCUGAUCAUAGGAGUGGUAAACUCAAUGGCUCUUGCUACAUAGGAAAUGGAAGAAAUCACAGCAAAGACAAGACAAAAUUGCACAUGGAGACGACAAGGACGACGAGCACGGCGACGACGGCAACGGCAACAACAAACCCGGCUGGUAGAGGAAACAAUGCCACUGGAAGAGGAGGAAUCGGAUCCAGGAGAAUGAACACGAAAGGGAGGAACAACGCAGUUGUCGAUCCGAACGAAAACUACGAAUAUAAAAUGUCAGCAUCGGAGCUGAAGCCCCAGAGAGGAGUCUACUUCGACCGAUCGCAAAAGGCAUGGAUAGGUAGCUGGUACGAGGAAGGGAAGCAAAUCAAAAGGAGAUUCAAAAUUAAAUACUACGGCUGGGACGAAGCUCGUAAUUUAGCCACCAAGGCCAGAUUCGCCUUCGAAAAUAGGACCAAGCAUAUAAAGGGCGCCGGCAAAAAGGGCUCCUCUGCUGCGGCGGCGGCGGCGACGACGACGACAGCGGCGACUGCAGCAGCUUCAACCAAUUGCGAUGCGUCCAAUGAUGUCACUUCCAGCGGAGCGAACGAUGGGACGGAGGCGGUCAAUGCGGAUGGCUCCGGACAGUACGCACGCGCGGGGGGGAAGGAAGAAAACGCGGCGAAUCUGAAUGACAACGGAACGAAUGAAGACAAUGCCAACGGCAACCAUGGUGCGAGUGCUCCCCAUUUCGAAAGCGGCAGCUACGUAGACGGGACGAACAGGCGAAUCAUGUCGAGAAGAGGUGGAGGCGCGUACCUGCCGAGCACCAAUGAAGACAACGCAGUGGACUCGAAUAGCGCUCCUAAGAAUAGACGAGAUGGACGACGAGGAGGGUCCACCAUGUACACAGGGAAUACAAACAGAGGAAGGGAACAUAAAAUGGGAGAUGAGAACGAUCCCAUGAGUGGCAAAGGAGGAGUGGCGGGACUGGCCGCCGCUGCAACCGGCGACGAGGACGAGGACGGCCUUCCAUCAGAGAACCAGAGAAAAUUAAGGACCAAUAACAACCCAGGGGAGGGAAGCAACAAAAAUGGCGUCCCCUACGCAGAUGCCAUCAAGAACAGCGAUGUGGGAGAAUCCACAAACGGCUACGAAGCCGGGGAAAGGGGAAAGUAUCCUUUUCAGCAUCACCAGGUGGAUUAUGAGGGGUACCAUCCCGCCUAUGAUAAUAAGAAGCGGAACAUUGGAAACGCCAAAGGUGACGUCCGAGGUGGAGCGUGCAAGAAUGGAGGUGCCUACGAUGGUUAUGCGGGGAAGUACGCGACCGACUACAAGGGGAUCGAGAUUGACCUGUUCAGCGACUGGAAUGAGUAUCACCGGGCGUGUACCGCUGUUAGUGGUAGGUAUGAGGCUGGAGCCAGGGGAGACUAUCCCGUGAGUGGCCUGAGCAGUGUCAACGGAAUGAACGACCUGGAUGGAGGCAAAGGCAAGGGGAGACAACACCUGUCCCAGGCCAGCGCCCUCCGGCAGUACAACGAUUGUUACGUAAAGGGUGGUUACCCGGAUGGGAAGCCCAGCACAGAGCACGCAGCGGAGGAUGAAGGUGUGCCAAAAAAGAAAAACGAAAAUGAGCAGUACGGUACCUGUGUCAGCAGAGGAGGCAGGCGAAGGAUUAACAGCAAUGGGAACACCGCGCGGAACCCUCACGAGAAUGAUCCUGAGCAUGACGACGAUGAAGACAUGAACUACGAUUACUGCAAUCAGAUGGGGACAAGCAGGAAGGAUCGAGCAAACAGAGAAAACCAUCUCAGUGCAACAGAAGACAAAAAUAGAAAUACGUGUGCAAAGUACCCAACAGGGAAAGCAGGAGACAAUGUCAUCACGUACGCAAAAUCGAAUAAUAAAAAAUCCAGUGAAACGAAUCAAAUUGAUCACUCGGUUCUUCUACCCCAGGGGGUGUUCUAUCAGGACUCCAAAAAAGCUUUCUGUGCCAACUGGUACUCGAAUGGGAAGCAGGAAAAAAGAUAUUUUUCGAUUAACAAAUUUGGUGAAGAGAGAGCACGAAAUUUAGCCAUUGCCGCGAGGAAGAAGUUCGAAAAUGUUUAUAAGAAGAACCACAAUGUGGGAAAAAAAGAUGCACACUAUGCUUGUACCAUGAUGAAAACGGAAUCAUUCGACGAUGUAAAUGGACUGGAUGGCUACGACAUAGGGGAGACCUUCCACGAGGCUAGCAAUAACAAUAACAGCAGAAGUAACAAUAGCAGACAGGGCUGUGGCAGCCAUGGGGGGAAAGGGAGCCCUACGCACACGGGGAAGGGCGCAGCGGCGAUCAAUGCGGCGCUGAUCGCAGCAACCGGGAUGAAUGGCCUAAACCAGGGGGGCAGGAGUGGCGUAGGGCACAAUAGCAAAAGUGGCCCCAAUCACGAGAUGGACACUCUUGAUGUGAAGAAGGUACACAUUAAUAACGGGGGAAACGGAAAAACGGUCGGAGUAGGCGCGCCUCCUUUGUCUGCGCCCCCCACGACCAGCAACGACCACCUGCAUUACGUGCAAAAUGGCUACGUCAAUGGGAAGGACUACUCCAAUUGUAAGGAAAACAAUCUCUAUGGGGAAGAUCUUUACAGGGGGGGGGCUCCUCUUCCCUGCAGAGGCGACCUCCUCCAGGGGGACCCCAGAACAGACGGAGUGCACCAAAACGUCAUGUCACUGACGCCCCCAAGUGAGGGCAUCCGAAUGAACCUUGUCAGCCCGAAUGGGAGUAGCACUCCACCCUACACGACUAACAACACGGAAAAGGAAAACACCAAACUUGUGAGUAGCCCCGUCGGAAGCAAUAGCACCACUGACAUGGUAAAUAAUAACAUGGCCGAUUCUGUGCUCAAUGGCAGAGUAGGGGCAACCAACUUCGACGGCGAAGCUCUUCAGAACGAUUUACAGAUGAGCAUCAUCGCGCCCUUAAGUAACAUCGCUAUCGCAGGAGCAACCAAUCCAAAUGAUAACGAAGGUGCUGACCCGAACGGAUUACACGACGGAAAUGGUAUGGACAGUGCCCUCCUCGGAACCAACGUGGGAGGAAGUGCCACUCCCCCAUUCGGAACCAGCAACGGCAGCAGCAACGGCAGCAGCAACGGCAGCAGCAACGGCAGCAACAACAACAAUAACAGCAACCUUUUUAUUGGCCCAAACGACGUGUGUGUUCCCGGAGCAGAGGACCAAAACGGGGACAGCAACUUCUACACGGGGGCGACGACCAACAAAACAAACGAGAUGAUGCACCUCUACGCGGCACAAAGUGAGAGGCUCAGUAAAGGAUUAACAGGCGAAGAGCUUACUCCUGUUGAUGCCCCCUUCGAUCCGAACGGAAAGGAGUUUUCUUCCACCCCGGAUUAUUACAAUGGCAACAAACAGGGAGCGAAAAAUCCCUUCACGAGAAACAUCAAAAAGGAGAUCGACGAUAUGAGCAUGUACAGCAAGUUGGAAAGAAUGGACAAGUCCAACUCCUCCACCCCUGCGGGGGUUUACAUGAUCAGAAUCAACGGCAUUGUUCAGGCGUGGAGGGCCGAGUGGAGAAGCCCCAGCGGGUGUAAGCGCACCAAGAACUUCGGCAUCAACACCUAUGGAAGCAGCUUGAGCAAAAAGCUCGCCAUCGAAAUGCGGGCCAGGAUGACGGGCGAGUGCCUCGUGUCGGACGACGGCACUGUCUUUGACUACACCAAUAAGAAGACCCCCAAUGGUGCCAUCCGCGAUUAG